UGCCACCGAAAAACCAAUCUUAUCCCAUUGGUAAAGAACCGAAAAGCUCAGAGCAAGACCAAAGGGUGAGCGAAAAUGGCGGUUCUCUGCUCAUCUUCUUCACUUGUGUUACCGUCUUCGUCAGUGAAAUCCUCCGGAGGCGAGAGAAGGUCUCCGUUUCUGGGCUUUUCCUUGGUGGCUGUUUCGAAUCCGUCCGUACGAGUCGGCAUUUCUGCGAACAGGAGAAGAGGUUUUCAGGUGAAAUGCGAAGUGGAGGAGAAGAGCCGGUCUCUUGUUCCUGCGAACCAGCGAUGGAUGUUCGAAGAAGACGAAGCAGAUGGUCCUGACAUCUGGAACAAGACAUGGUAUCCAAAAGCCUCAGAUCAUGUGAAUACGGACAAGCCAUGGUAUGUGGUAGACGCAACAGACAAGAUUCUCGGGAGGUUGGCAUCUACGAUUGCUGUGCAAAUCCGUGGGAAGAACCUUGCCUCCUACACUCCCAGUGUUGACAUGGGAGCCUUUGUGAUUGUGGUGAAUGCUGAGAAAAUAGCUGUAUCUGGAAAGAAGCGGAGCCAAAAGCUAUACAGGAGGCAUUCGGGGAGACCUGGUGGUAUGAAAGUAGAGACAUUUAGCCAACUGCAGCAGAGAAUUCCGGAAAGAAUCAUUGAGCAUGCAGUGCGUGGAAUGCUUCCUAAAGGACGGCUGGGGAGAGCUCUGUUCAACCACCUGAAGGUUUACAAAGGCCCGGACCAUCCCCACGAGGCGCAGAAGCCAAUGGAGCUUCCCAUAAGAGACAAGAGAGUACAGAAGCAAAGUUAAGAUAAAAUGCUCGAUUUCUUCUUUUCUCAUCAUUGUCUUGCUGUAAUUUUGAUGUAGAGGAAGCACCAGACAAGGAGCAUCUCUUUUGUUGUGUUCUGUCAUAUACUGUUAAUGGUUUCUUUAUCACGUGGAAAUCUGUUCUGUUCUGUUCUGUUUCAGUCAGUUCCCAAAGCUGAUGAUCUCUGUUCUUGGAUCUGUCGUCUCGGUGCUAAUUAAUGGUAUAAAUGUUGAGACUU